GAACAUGUACUAUCCGUUGUUUUUUUUAGAGCAAAAGAACAUCUGUCGCUUGUGUGAGUUGCCAGAAAUGCAAACUGGGGGCCCAGCAAACCCAACUCAAUAUUCAAGCCUACUUCAUCAUCUUCCACCUCUCGCUCAUCCCAACCCAACAAAUGAUGCUUCUUCCUCGUAAGCGUCUCCCAUGGCGGCGCCCGGCUCUGGAUGCCCAGGCCCUGGCAGGCCGCCUCCUGCGCUCCUCCUCGUCCCUCUCCGACCCCGACGACGACCCUCCGUUCAGGCGGAUCCCUAAACACCCACCUCGGGCUCCAUCGACGCCGCCGCCGCCGCCGCCGCCGAAGCCCAAGGCCGUGGCGGGCAAGAUCAGGCCCGACGAGCCUGCGCACUCCGACCUUCCCUUCGACUUCCGGUACUCGUACUCCGAGACGGACCCGGCGUGGAGGCCCAUCGGGUUCCGCGAGCCCACCCGGUUCUCGCCCUUCGGCCCCGGCCGCCUCGACCGCCCAUGGGACGGCGCAGCCGCAGCACGCGUCGGCGAGGAUGCUAGUGGCGACGAGAGGAGCCGGGAGGAGGUUCUCGGGGAACCGCUUUCGGAGGAGGAGGUGGCGGCGCUUGUGGAGAAGUACCGGCACAGUGAUUGCUCACGGCAGAUCAAUUUGGGGAAAGGUGGGGUAACGCACAAUAUGCUUGAUGACAUCCACAACCAUUGGAAACGUGCAGAAGCUGUAAGGAUCAAAUGUCUGGGAGUGCCAACACUCGACAUGGACAACAUUUGCUUCCAUCUUGAGGAUAAAACAGGUGGCAAAGUCAUAUACCGCAGCAUAAACAUCAUUAUCCUGUACCGUGGUCGGAACUAUGACCCCAAAAGAAGGCCUGGCAUACCAUUGAUGUUGUGGAAACCAUUAGCUCCUAUCUAUCCUAAGCUUGUGCAAAAUGUUGCUGAAGGGCUGACUUUCGAGGAAACAAAAGAAUUGAGGAAUAGAGGAUUAAAUUCUCCAGCCCUUACAAAACUGACCAGGAAUGGUGUCUAUGUUAAUGUUGUUGAUAAAGUGAGAGAAGCAUUUAAAACUGUGGAAGUUGUCCGGCUAGAUUGCACUCAUGUUGGGACUAGUGACUGCAAGAAAAUUGGUGUAAAGCUGAGGGAUUUGGUUCCAUGUAUUCCCAUAUUAUUUAAAGAUGAACAAAUUAUACUAUGGAGAGGGAAGGUUGGUCAAUAGCAUUCUGUUUCAGCACAGUGCAGUUCCAGACCACAAUGAUGCAUGCAUCUGCCGUAUAUCCAGAGGAAUUAUUUGCCCUGCCAUAUUGAUGACUUCCCUUGCAAUCACUGAAAAUUGUAUGCUAAGGUCAGUCUCAAUGCAUAGUUUCAUGGCACAGUUACCAAGACUCUAAACUAGGUAAUCGAGCCAGAUGAGUUUCAUGGGGAUGAAACUCCUCUCUCAUCUGAUGAAACUUCUUCAUUUAAUGACCCUGCCAAGUCAGCAAUUUUGCUUAUGUGUCACUCUAUUUAAUGUGCAUGACACUCUCAUGAAACAUGCAUUGAGACUAGCCUAAUAUACUCCCUCCGUCCAUUUAUUGGGUUCGUUUAAGCAAAAAAAAAAUUCCAAGAGUCGGCUUCGUUUAAGAGAGGGGACCACGGUUUCACGUCCUCCCAUGCGCUCGCGACUCCUUGUUCGUAACCCGGCAUUAGAUGCGCGUCAUCCUUCCGUUGCGUUAAAUACCCCUUCCGUUUCCUUCCAUUGGCGCUGCUAGGUUUCCACAACAGAACACCGUGGCUCCGAGUGGCUGCACGCCGCUGCGCUGCUGAACGCGGCCGCGCCGAGUUGCUGCACGUAGUGAGGGAAGGAGAUUCUGGGAUUGCCUGGACGUAGUGAUCCUCCAACGCAACUUAUAUAGGCCAUGGCAACGUGAAAACGAAUUUGCUAGAUGGUGGGCGUUGAAAGAUUGAUUUCUUUUGGUGUAGGCGGCGAUAGAAGGAAGUGCGAAAUUUUUGGUUUUGGGCCGCUGAAUUUGGCAGGUGAUUGUGGCGCCAGAUAGUGCAUGGGCGCGGGAUCACAGAGUAUGGAAAUUUUCCUUCCCUGACCGCGCGUUGCUGCCUUCUAAAGAGCGCGAUAACGGGCACGCGGCCGGGCGCGCGGCCAGGCUAACGACGUUUUAGCGGACGUUUUAGUGGGGAAGUGCAACGGUUUCACCAGAGCAGCGAUUAAAUGCAAAGCGGGCGUGCCUUUUGCGGCUAGCUCCUUGGUCAUUACGCGGAGGGUUAAGCCGAACCCAAUAAAUGGACGGAGGGAGUAAUCAACUGCAGUGAAUGAUCGGGUUGGUCAUCCACAUUUUGUUACUGUUGGUUUGUUGCAACUUGCGAAUGGUGGCAUGCUGCGAAACAGGACGCUACUCUGCUUGGUAUGCAAGUCACACUGCUUUAGUAAGCAGCAGCUAUCUUGCCUACAAAUUUCUGCUUCCUGCUGUGAUCUGUAUCGUCAGUCUUCCAUCCUUUGACCCCUACUGCUUUGUUCGUGUGACACUUACUGUCGUUGAUGCUUUGUCUAUCUGGUUGAAGGGAGAAAUUGGGACUAUGCCCUUUCGAACAGAUGGUGUGUAAUCUGACUAUCUGAGCCUCGAUAAGCUGUUCUUCUUCGGAUAGGCUGGGAUA